AGAGGCGGUUGGCAACCGAACCACGGCUGCGUUACGCACUGAGCGAAGACCUGGGAAGUUGUUCUGGAUUCCGGAAGCGGAGGGAGAUUUAAAUGCGGGGAUGCUAACAAGUUUUUUUAAAAAGACGUUUAUCCAUUGAACAGAUGAAUCGCGGCACAGUGGUGUGGAUUACAAGCCCACUCCUCUAGACCUUUGCUGUGGGGUCAGUAUGGAGGUGAAACUGGAGGUGGUGCAGUCCUCCAGCAUCAAGAGGAGAAAACCAUGGCCUGCGUUCUGCUGGCUGGGGCAGGAGAAGGAGUCUGUCUUCCUGCUGGAUGACAAGCGGAUCAGCGAGAUCAACCUGGUGUCUGGAAGAACAAAGAAGAAAAUCCCCAAGCUUCAGCCUCUGCUGAGAAAUGUGAUCACCAUGUCAGGGUCCGGUAACGGUGCAUGGCUGGCAGGCCUUCUCAGCUCUGGAGAGCUCUUCCUGUGGAACAGGGACCGGGACUGCCUAAAGAUGGUGGCCUCAGCUCCUGAAGUCACUCAGGUGGUCACGGAUUCCCAAGGUGCUCUGGCCACUGGGGACUGUUGCUUGUGCUCGUUUGUGUUCACCUCUGAAGAAAAGCUGGCUGUUACGAUUCUGAAGAUACAGUGGGGUGACAGUGCAGAGAGACGUCACAGCUUGGUGCCCUACAGCGUGCAGUGGGUCACUCAGAUGUUCCCCAUGGGCAGGAUGACUCCCCCCUGUCACCCUGUCAAAUCCAGGGGAGCCCUGGUCUCUGCUUUCUCUGGAGACGGACUGGUGCUCGCUGUUGCUGUGAACCAGAAGGAUCCCAAGGCAACCCAGGUCUUCUUUGUCAGCACCUUGAACUUUGUCACCAUCUCCAGCAGCCUCCAUGGCUGUGGCAGCAAGGACCUCCGAAUCCCUUGCAAAUAUGCCAGGUCAUACUGGGUGGGCAGUAUGAGCUGGACCCCUGACGGCCUGUACCUGGCCUGUGUGCUGAAGCGCGGAGCCCUGCUGUUCGUGACACGCCUGGGAGCCCUGCUCACCCUCUCCACCACAGGCUGCUCCAUGGAGUUUGGCCCUGCGGAGUUCAUUCCCCUCCACCCCCUGGUCACCUUCAGGCCCCCCAUGCCCCAGCUGAGCAGUCAGGAUGCCCAGCAGUCGGCGAGCUCCUGUGCCUCCGCGCAGGACCUCCUGAGGCAGCGCUUCUCCGUGACCGCGCACCCUCGUCUGUCCUACCUCAUCGUCUCCGACGGCUACAUGGCCAGUGUCCUGCGCGUGGCCAGCCCCGCCUCUGCCUCCUCCCUCAUGGCCUGCCUGCUAGCGGACACGGCCAGCCGCCUGGAGCAGCUGAGGAGCGGCUUGGCCGGGACCACCCAGCCCCACGAGAGGUUGAAGCUGGAGUCUAUGUCUUCCUUGAAGAUGCUCAGCCUGCAGGACUUGCGGCCCAGGGAAUCUACCUUGACAACUGUACCCCACUUCCUGCUGGGGGCGGACGUGGCGACGGAGCUGCACGAGAAGACGGCUGACGUUCAGAGUGAAGACGAUUCUGACGAUGGCACCGUCUUCUCCAGCCGGUUUGUGGAGGACGGAGGCCGGCUGGAGUUCGCCUCCAUGUUUGACACCGUCCAUGCCAGGCCUGAGCCCGCGCCUGCCCUGCCCGGUGCCGCCGGUGCCUCCACCGUGCACCUCGAGCCGAUCCAGAGGAACCUCCUGACCGUCUGGACGCUGGGGGUCUCUCUGGGCAGGGUGGCGGAGAAGGAGCAGCUCCUGAAGUGCGCUGUGCGCUGCUUCGUCCGCUUCGCUAGCCUCCUGCAGCUCGGCGGCUGCCCGCUCCCAGCUGCCCCGGCCGACGCCGUGGACAGGGAGCUGUGGAAGGCCCUUCGGAGGGAGCCCUGGGUCUUCCGGGUCCUGCGGCUCCUCCGGGCCUUCCUCGCCCUCCUGCCCUGGGACGCCCCUCACGUCCGCUGCCUGGGCCUGGCCGUAGAGCUGACCAAGCAGACAGCGCGGCUCCUGCUCGCUCCCCAGCGGGUCUCUGCUCAGUCCCUCUCGGGGGCCCUGCUGGUCCUCAGGCUGGCCUCCCGCAGCGUGGACGCCACAUACCAGCCCCAGCGCCGGGCCCCAGUGCACUCCGAUUCCUUCUGCACCCCUCUCCUGCAGGAGCAGGAGCACAGCCACAAGUGGACAUCCGGGGCCGUCCGUGUCCGAAAGCUGCCCUCUGACAGGCUGGCGGGGCUGUGGAAGGCUCUGUACCGGCAGGCGGUCGUGUACCGCGCGGACCUGCGCGCCCAGGCCAGGCGCGGGGACCACCCUUCGCUGCUGCAUGAGGCGGGCGAGGUGUCCCGGGUCAUCGCUCAGAUUCAGCAAGUGCUGCAGUCAGCUGGGCAAAGGCUGGCAGCCAGCAGGAGGCUAUGCUCCGUGGCAGUGGAGGAGUGCCGUUUCUCCCCAGCCGGGCUCCCCAGAGAGGUGCACACAGAGGCCGCCCUGGCCGUGGUGCAGUCUAUGGCGCGGUUCAUGGCGGCCUACUUCACCAACGAGCCUCUGGGUGUCCUGCCCCCUCACCACGUAGAUGUGCUGCCCCCCGUGCAUAUCAGGCCAGCUGGGCUGCCUCGCCCGAUCCCCCUGCGGCACGGCCGCGUGGCCGAGGCGGCCCGGGCGCAGCAGUUGUCGGGAGUGUGGACGGUGGGGUACGCCCUGGACCUGCUGCUCAUCGGGGGGCUGCUGCCCGAGGCCGUCUGGCUAGCCCACCGGCUGGGGGACUGGAAGAUGGCGGUUUCCUUGGGCCUGGCCUACAUGCUUUACUGUCAGAACAACCUCAACUUGGCAGAGCUGAAGUGGAGAGAGCUUCACCUUCCCUUGGAGCUCCGGCCAAAACAGCUCUUUCAGGAGAAGUUGCAGUCGCUGCUGGGGAGUCAGGCCAACCCAGGGGAGUCCAAUCUCAGCAGCAGUGCCAAGAAAUACAGGCAUUUCACAGACUCCAUCGAAGAGGAGGAUGCAGACCUCCUGUUCGUCUCUGUGCAGGAGAUCCUGAAGGCGGCUGUCAUGGCUGAAGUGGACAUCCUCUCUCAGACCUUCAGUGUCCUCAUGGAGACGUCCAAGGGCCUGGCUGCCCAGCUUAGUGCUCUUGUGCCCCCAGGGCUCUACCUACCCGCCCCACCACUGUACUGCCCACAACCUGCUUCUGACCCCAAGGUGUCUCCCAGGGCCCUGGAGUGCAUCCGAGCCUUCUGGCCCGUUUAUCUAGGGGCUGGACCGCACAGAGCGGUGCCACCGGGCCGGUCGGGUCUGAGGGGCGGCCGUGAUGACGGUGUGUGCUUGCAGGCCGGUGCAGGGGGGCUGCAGUACGACUCGGCCGUGGUGGAGCACUGCCUGGAGGCCCUGGAGUGGGCCUGCCGCCUGCUGCCCUUCGCCCGCUUCAUGAACGCCGAGGAAAUCGUGCAAGACCUGGUCCUCAGUCUCAUUGGAGAGCUGCCCCCUACGAAUAAGGUGGCUGAAUUUAUAGCUAGAGCCUUUCCUGAUGAGGAGGACUCGGUCCGGGUUCCUCUCCGAGAGAAGUACAGCUCCCUCCUGAAGCGGCUGCGAUGCUCCACUGUCACUGGCCCUGAGGCUGGAGAGAAGAUGAUGACAGUGGUCAUACAGGACUUCUUGAGACUGAGGAGGAGACAACUGAAGCGGGUGGUGAGGAAUAUAGGCCCAGUGGAGCUCCACCUGUGGGAGAGAGCUGAGGAGGGGGCAGCCGAGGACGACACUCCCCUCUAUGACCGGCUCUCCCUGGGCACCAGCCUGAGCCGUAGCACCCUGACGGACUGCGGCCGGCCCCUGGUCUCCAGCGAUGUAGACACAAUGGACACCAUCUCUGAUCCCCUUUCUCCACAACAGAGCCACUUUUCUGGGAAAGAAAAUCAGAGAAAAUCUCAAAGCGCAAAGCAGAAGCCCGAUACUUUGAAAGGAUCGGACAAGCAACAUGAAGAGGUGCAGAGCAAAGGAGAGCUUCAGGAAAGUCCUGCCUUGCCUGUCGUGGGAAGUUGGGAAUUCGAGUGCGAGGACGAGGAAUAUGUCCAAUUCCUGGAGCUCUUCCUGAGCUAUGUGCUGGAGAAGGACCAGGCGGACAGCAGAGACCCCAGCGUUCCCUUCCUCAGCUGCUUUUCCUCACUACUCAGGGAGAAGGAGCUCACCUCUCUGGUCUUCGACGUUCACACCACGCUCAAACGCCGCCAGAGUCGGAGGAACGGAGGAGGCAGCGUCUUCAGGCCUGGCAGCUGCUACCAGUGGCUCCCUGAGCCUCUCCACUCUGGGGGACCCCCGGCCUCGGUGCACAGUGAGGCCUGGAGCAUGGAGUCGGGGCCCUGCGCCUUGAGGAGCAGCCUCGGCAGUGCUCUCCAUUUCCCUGGCGCCCGAAAACCAAAGCAGAAAGGUCUUUUUGGCCUCAAGCAACAAGCUCUCCUGGAGGCAAGAAGCAGCGCCAGGUCGGGUUCAGAAGUGAAUCGGACCCCGUCAGAACCCCGCUGCUCCCCCGUGGCCGGAAUUGCUAAGCCCGAAGGCUGGCUUUUCAAGGCCGUUUCUCCACAGGAUCCUCCCACGGAGGCCCCCGACCCGGAACUGGAACCCCGGUUCCGGGUCCUCGGCAGGCCGUUGGAGUGGAUGAUCCGCUGGUCGGACCGGCGGCUGCUGUGCGUGCCCACCAAGGCCCCGCGGCCUCCCGAGCGCGGAGCGGCGAUCCGAGUGAAGACCUCGGCCCCGGCGGUCCUCGCCGCCCUGCGCCUGCUGGAGCGGAGAUACACUGCAGGCCUGCUCCUGGAAAAGCCCUCACCCUCCCCGAUUGAUGGUAGGAGGCGAAAAAGCAUUGAGAGACCAUGCCCCCCACCCCAUGUUCCAGAGCAGAGGUACACAGUAGCGCCAGUUGUUCUGGCGGAGAUGAACUGGAAGGCCGAGAGGGAGAGCAGUGUGGACACAGGCUACCCUGGCUCUGCUGGGACCCCCAUCACCAUACUGGACCAGGAGCCUCAACACAGUGAAGUGUCUGAAGCGUCAGGCCUGGGGGACACUGUUGGAGAGAUGGAGAGAGACGAGGAGCCGCCUCGCGAGGAUGAGCUGGAGGAGAUGCUGUCUGAUUUGGAGAGUACAAUAGACAGAAACAUGCCUGAAGGAGAACAGGAUUUGCCCUCUGAACGGGAAGGAGGCAGCAGUCCUGAGGAUGGGUGGGAGCCCCCUGACCCAGCUCUGACCACCCCAAGCAUCUCUGUCCACAUCAAGACCAUUCCCCGGCCAGGCUCUGCACUCCAGGACAGGACUCUGAAACUCUCAGACUUGGAGAGUCCAAGAUCUUAUCCUGCAGAAGGAGCACAGGACAAGAGAGUGGUGUCCUGGACCGAAGAGGCAGACACCCAGGAAUUACCCAGCAUGCCAAGUGACGUACCUACAGACUUGCUGGCAGUACUGGCAGCAUCAACUGCAACCAGCGAAGAAGUUCCACCCACAGUCUCUACUGUCCAAGCGAAUGUUCCGUCAAUUCCAUCAUUGGGCCUACAGCCUGGGCCUCCAGUAAACUCUAUCCCUCCCAACUCAGACCAGCUCUUGGGGAGCAACCCAGGCACUCAGCCCCUCCCUCAGUCAGAUGCCAUCAGGCAGCUGCUCCAGGAUGAGAUGUUCCGGCUUGUGCAGUUGCAGCAGAUCAAUUUCAUGAGUCUCAUGCAAGUGGUGGGCGCCUCCUUCACGAACCUCCCACAUCUGCAGCUUCACCUGCAGCCAAACGCACCUGCAGCUCAGAGUAGCCGAGGGCCUGGAGCUCAACCAGCUGGGCUCGGCUCAGACGAACCGGGCCCAGAGACUGCGGGUCAGUCUGCAGGUGACAGGCCCAGCGGCCAGCAGCCGGCUCCCACGGAGAGACGAGCCCAGAACAUCGAGACUGAUCAGAGUAACAAAGAAAACGUUGCACAGAAUCCCACUGAGCUCAGUCUUCACUUGGACGCGCGAGGAUGCCAGGGGGGGAGUGAGGGUCUGAUCCCCGCCUCUCGUGGCCUGCUGAAGACCGCCAACAAUAGCAGCCAUGGCCUUCCGCUGCUACUGCCCCUAUCGGGUUCGCGUGAGACCCCAACACUGAUUCCCCUGGAGAAGACCUCUGCCCCUUCUGCCUCCUCCUCAGGGCUCAGGCUCCUCAGGCUACAGCCUCAGCAGCUGCUCCAGCCUGGAGAUACUCCUGUUGUAAACCUCUUUGCUCCUCUCCUUCGGUGCUCAACACAGACCCAACCUCCUCCUCCUCCUCCUCCUCCUCCUCGAGAGGCCUGGGCCCUGCGUUCCAAGGAGCACCAAAAGCGGAGGGACGUGGCUCCACCCCCAGCUCACUUAAACAUCAACCAGUACGACCCCAAGGCCCUGAGGACAGCUGAGGAGCAGAAGGUUAGGUGGGCCGAACGAGUGACUGCAGGGCCUCCUAAACACCUGAUCCUGGAGCAGUACGCUGGAAUCCCAGACACCAACCCUCUGCCCCAAGCGCGGCCUACUCCAACCCAUCCCCACAGCCUCGACAGCCAAGCAGGGAGACUGGCGGGGGGUCCCCCCGUCUCUGUGCCUCCACAGCCCCAUGCCCCCCACCAGGCGCGUGGUCUUCCUCUCCUGCGUUUCCACCCUGCUGUCCACCAGCUCCCGUCCAGCUGCAUGCUCCCCCAGAUCCUGCCCCCUUCACAGACCGCUCCUCUGCAACCCUUGACCCCUAGCUCUGGACCCUCAGAGCACUAUCCCAGCAUCCCUUUGCUGCAGGUGCAACCCCCGCCACUGAGCAAGGUGUUCCCACAGACCCUGCCCUUCCAGCCUCCACGGCUCAUCCCGCUGCAGCAGCUGGCUUCCCUUGGCCCGAGCCGGCGGCCGGGUGCCCCCGGGAGAGCCCAGCACGGGCAGCUGCAGCUUCUGCAGGCUGGCGAAGAGCCGCUCCGCAGAGACUGGGGCCGGGAGUCACUUAAAAGACAGAAGAGGCGUCGGGAGAGGGCACAGGAGGGCCGCAGUGCUGGUGUCACGUUCCGGCCAGAGGACUCCAUUAUCCCCCCCGAGGAGCCAAAAGAAGCUGAGCCACAGCAGUCUGAGUUAGGAGAGGGUUUUGUCAUUCCUCCUGGCUCAUUCGACUCCCUGCUUGCAGGAGUAGAGCCGACCACAGGGCCUCUGUCCACAGCAGCUGAGCUUCAUUGCUUUGCAGCCACAAAGAAGAGACCGCCACAGAUACAGGACGCCAGUACCAACACUGAGCCAGUUUGUCCUCGUUUGCUUGCUGAUAAAGGAACUUCUGCACAUUUCCUGGUGCCACAGUCCGACACUGCAGUCACUUGUGGACCCCCAGCUGGCCAUGAACCCCCGGGAGAAGGGGACCUCUCCGGCCGCCGGUUCAUUAACGUCAUUGACAUCGAGGACGAGCAGCUCCUGAGCGCCCUGCCGUUAUCUGAGGAGGCUUCGGGCUUGGCCCCAGGAUGCAGGACGUCGCCCCCCUCGAACGCCCAGCUCCACCACAUGGCCGCUUCCGUGACCAACGCUGUUCCCCCGGACGCCUUCCUGCAGGAGACCGAGGACGACAGACCAGGAGGUCUUGCACAAGUGUCCCCCCCGUUGUCUUCCCUGUGGACAGCAGCCGGGCGGACGGCAGAAGCAGCAGCAGAUCCCCUGGGAGCUGACGUGACCCACAAGCUGCUUGUGCGCAGCGAGGCCUCUGGUGCGAGACGCCCCGUCACUAAGAGCCAGUUCGCGGCCAAGCUCUCCGAGAUGGACGUUCAGCUGGAGGCUUUGCAGGACGUUGCUGACCACAUGGAGCGGGAGUUUGCCAGCACCAGAAUGCUGGUGAACACCAUUGAGAACCUGAGUGGCGCUGUGGACGUGGGGCUGGAGUGGGAGCCUAGCAAACCCAGAGGAGUGCAGGUCACGGAGGCAGACCUUGGUGUUAUGCCAGAAGAGGCUGACAAGUGGGCGGAGGACACCCUGGGCCUCAGUGGGCUGAGUGACAUCGCCGAUAUCCUGGGGGAGCUGGUGAGGGGCGGAGGGGUCUCGGCCAGUGCUUUGGGUCUGUCAGAAACACAGGCAAUAAGACUCUCGCGGGCGGGAGCCCAGCAGCGCUGGCAGCCGGGCCGGAAGGUCAGGAGGUCGGAGAGGGAGAGGAGGGAGGUCCGGGAGUGGAUGAGGAGGAAGCAGCGGGAGAGGCUCUCCGAGUUCCACAGGCAGCGGGAGGAGAGGAGGCAGAGGGAGCACAGGCCCUUCGCUGCAGACAGCGUGGCGAGGAGCCCCACUUCUAAAGACAUCUCCAUCAGCCAGAAAAUUAAAGAAGAAAAGGACAAGGCGGCGCUGCUAGAGCACCACAGCCGGAGGACCAGGGAAGCCCUGCGGCUGAUGGACGAGAUGCUGACGGACACGGUGCCGCUGCCCACCGCCCAUCCACCCUCCCUGGCACACACCCCCGGGAGGAGCAGCCGCAGGGGCAGGGCUCCUAUUCGUAGCCAGUCUGCGGGGAGGACAGGGAGAAGGCCAUCCCAGGCAGGCCAGGCUCGGUCCCUCUCCUCUCCUGGAAGAACCCAGCUAUUCACAGGAUCCAGAGUUACAGCACCGCAGAGCGAGACCCCUGCCUGGAGGGGGAGGGCCAGCAAGGCCGGCAGGGCCAGCAGACUGGGGCUGCACAGGCCAGCGAGCGCACUCCCGAGGGACCGCAUGUCCCAGCUGACCCGCAGGGGGAUGGUGAGCGACCCGGACCCGGAUGCCUGGCGCAGCAGACGAGGUGACAGGGAGCGGGCAGCGCCAGUGCACAGCCGCGGGAGGAGAGGGGAGGCAGGGAGGCCUUCUGUGAGCCCCAGAGGGAGCGGACUGGAGGCCCCAGAGGUGUGGGGGGCAGUGGUCUCUCCGAGUACCCCAGCAAAGUUCCACACAUUGCGGGGUGUGGAGAAUGAGCUCUUCCUGCAGGGCCUCUCAGGCAAUCGGUCCCCUUUGAGGAGGGCAGAUCUGGACGGGCUGAACGAGCUGGACGCCCUGUCUGACAGCACAGGCAGCAUCCUGAGCAAGCUGGACUGGGCAGCGAUCGAGAACAUGGUGGCCAGCGAGGGGGACGUUGAAAUUGCGCAGGACUGGGAGUUACUGUCCUGAACAAUGGUGUAGAGAGAGUGCCUGAUCGCUGAGAAUGGACUGCAUUAUUUCACUUCAGGUGCUGCUUAAACUUGACAUUUUCUAAGCAGGAAAGGGUGUGCAGUGCUCUGACUCGUUUAAUUAAAAAUCCUGCUGGAGGGUUUCAGAAGAAAACGCUUAUUUGUCCUGGAUGCCUUCUCGGUCGCAAUGGUGCCUUAACUUGAGCAUGGAGCUGUUCUCGGAUUGCUCCAGAGGUGUGAAUGGGUACAAUUGUGAGUCACUAGAGAUAAAACCAUCACCCAAAGAAAUCAUAGUAAAUUAAUUGACCUUAUCUUGGUCAACACAUUAUCACUGAAUUUUUCGUUCAAUAAAUGAAAAAUUGAGCUUA